AAGUAGGUGACAAUGACAUGCAAGACAAGAGUCCCGGUAAUCCUGAAAAUAAUCUGGUUUCUUUCUGUGUUCAACGAUGAAGAACAACAUUUUUACAGCUGUGCUUGUGCAAUACGAUGGCUGAUGUUAUGUCAGUGAAAAGAGGAAAGAGUCCUGCUGCAGACUCUUGUUGUGUGUCUGCCCUCCCCUCGUCAACAGAAGGAGGAUCUGCUGACAAUCUGACAGAAGCUGUUUGCUGCAAGCAGUUUCACCAAGGCAGUGUCAUACAGGACAGGAUCCUUUCGAGAUGUCAAGCUCUCUGGUCGUGUGUGACGUGGAAGAAAGCCUGAGAGAAAAACUGAAAAAGUUCCGAUUUCGAAAAGAAACCAACAAUGCAGCCAUACUCAUUAAAAUAGAUAUGGCGAAACAGCUUGUCAUCCUUGAGGAGGAGUAUGAGGACAUCUCACUGGACGACCUGAGGAAUGAGCUUCCCGAGCGCCAACCCAGAUACAUUGUCUACAGCUACAAAUACACCCAUGCGGAUGGGAGAGUGUCUUAUCCCCUCUGUUUCAUUUUCUCAAGCCCAAUGGGGUGCAAGCCAGAGCAGCAGAUGAUGUACGCAGGCAGCAAGAAUCGACUGGUCCAAAUCGCAGAACUCACAAAGAUCUUUGAAACCAGGAAUGCCGACGACCUGACUGAAGAAUGGCUCAAGAACCAGCUGGCGUUUUUUCGCUGAAACUGCUUCUUCUGCAACUUUCAGACCUGCUUCUCAUUCCCUAAGCAAGAUUCUGAAUUUGACUUCCUCUUUUGUUUGUUGUGACAUUAAAACGCUCACUUACAGCAGCAGAGGUUUGGUUUCCAAGUUUUUCCUUAAUAUUGUAAUAUAGGAUUUCUGUGAGCUUCCAUGAAAAUGAUUGAGUCGUCAAGUUAAUUUACCUUAAAAUUUAAGCAGGUUAUAUAUACAUUUUUCCACUGACGAUGUUUUUCAAUUCUGUAAGUGUAAGCUAAACAUCAAACAGCUGUUCUUUGCAAGUUUUAGCCCUGAUUUUAAGCGAAACCAUGUUAAACAUAUUCAUACAUUUAUAUGAAUAUAAAAAUGUUAGAUAUAUAUUUAACACCAAUUCUUAGGUAAUUGGUGUUAGGUAAGAAUGUUUAGUAAUGACUCGAUCAGAACUGCGACACAUAAAACGAAUGAAAGUAAUCUGAAGCAUUCCUCUAAAAUAAAAUUC